AUGGGCGAGUCAAAGAAGCGAAAGGCCGUUACCAAGGACGUGGAGGAAGACGCUGCCAUUGUUUCUGGUGACGAGUUCGACUUUGGCCAGUUGGACGGUUCUCUCUCCGACGACGAUUCCGCCAGUGGAAGUGAUGCAGAGAGUUUGACAAGCGGGGCGGAAGAUGACAGUGAUGCUGUUUCAAUUGGAAGUGAUGAGGUCCCAUGGGAGGAAAAGGUUGAAAGCGGCCUCUUAACAAGCAAACAAGAUGGAGGGUCUGUCACUGUGGAUAUUGGAGCGGGAGAGAAUGAUGCUCCAGGCAAAGACCAAGAAGCAGAAAAAUCCGAAGACGAAACGCCGAACUACAGAAUUGUCAAAGAUGCAAACGGCAACGACAGAUAUGAAUACGACGAGAUUGAUCCUGGAGAAGACUCGGACUACUCUGUCCCAGACGGAGAGGCCAACACGAUCGGCGAUAUUCCAUUGUCGUUCUACGAUUCCUAUCCCCACAUUGGCUACAACAUCAAUGGGAAGAAGAUCAUGAGACCGGCAAAAGGAGAAGCGUUGGAUGCACUUCUUGAAAGUAUCGAAAUUCCCAAGGGAUGGACUGGCUUGAGCGACCCGUCAACGGGAAAGCCUCUGCAACUUUCGCAGCAGGAACUGGAACUUUUGAAAAAGGUGCAAAUGAACGAAGUUGCAACGGACGGAUAUGACCCAUACGAGCCCACGGUGGAAUGGUUUACUAGCAAGACGGAGACCAUGCCGCUGACUUCAGCCCCGGAGCCCAAAAGACGGUUUGUCCCAUCCAAGCACGAGGCAAAAAGAGUGAUGAAGAUUGUUCAAGCUAUCCGGGAAGGACGCAUUCUGCCAUACAAGCCUCCCAAGGAAGAGGAGGCCGAAGAGGACGAAGUCCCGAACUAUGACAUUUGGGCCGAUGAACAGCCCAGACCGGAUCAUGCCAUGCAUAUGCCGGCGCCAAAGCUUCCACCGCCAGGCUUCGACGAAAGUUACCAUCCCCCGCCGGAGUACCUGCCGGAUAAAAAGGAGAAGGAAGAGUGGGAGAAACGGGAAGAGGAGGACCGAGAGAAGGACUAUCUUCCAACGGACUAUUCUUCAUUACGAAAGGUUCCGGGAUAUGGGCGCUUUCUCAAAGAGAAGUUCGAGCGCUGCCUCGAUUUGUAUCUUGCUCCACGUGUUCGUCGAACCAAGCUCAACAUUGACCCGGAGUCCUUGUUACCGAAGCUGCCAAGUCCUGAUGAACUGCGCCCGUUCCCUACCCAUGAGGCCGGUCGGUUCCAUGGUCACAAAGGUCGUGUACGAUCAUUGGCCAUCGACCCUUCUGGACAAUACCUGGCAAGUGGUGGCGAUGAUGGCACAGUGCGCGUGUGGACUUUGAUGCCCCAACGCGAGGUCUGGUCAGUUUCAGUUGGGCCAGAGAAUGCUGUUAACGUUGUCCGAUGGCGGCCCGGAAAGGACACUCCCAUUUUAGCAGCAUGUGCUGGGGAUGACAUCUAUCUGUGUGUUCCCCGUCUGGGAACCGAUGCUGGCCCGGAAGCAGAAGCGGCCCAAGCCGUGCUGGAUGCUGGCUGGGGUUAUGCGGCAUCGGAAAGCAACACGCCUAAAUCAUCCCUCGUCAAGUGGAGUCGACCAUCUUCGACUCAGAGAGAACAGGGUGUCGCCAUCGUCAUCCACCUUGGACAUACAGCCAAAACCUUAUCCUUCCAUUCCAGCGGAAACCAUUUCGUUACUAUCUGCCCCGCCACUACGGUUCCCGCGUCGCAAGCAAUUGCUAUACAUACCGUUUCCAAGCAUCAAACGCAGCUGCCCUUUCGAAAGCGACUGAAGGGCGGGGGGAGCCCCCAGGUUGCCCACUUUCACCCAAGCAAGCCCAUCUUGUUUGUUGCCAACCAGCGGGUCAUUCGAGCAUACGACUUGUCUAAACAGUCUUUGCUGAAAAUCAUUCAACCGGGUGCUAGAUGGAUUAGCAGCUUUGAUGUCCAUCCGACCAGCUCAUCAACGGCGGGCUCUGAUAACCUCAUUGUUGGAUCUUACGACCGGAGGUUGUUGUGGAUGGACCUUGAUCUGUCACCACGACCGUACAAGACGCUGCGUUUCCAUGAAAAGGCCAUCCGAACUGUGCGGUUCCAUCCCGCCACGAACAGAUAUCCGCUGUUCGCCGACGGCAGUGAUGACGGGAGCAUCCAAGUCUUCCACGGACAGGUUACAAGUGAUAUGAUGAGCAAUGCGCAGAUUGUUCCUCUGAAGGUCCUACGUGGACAUAAGGUCACGGGAGGGCUGGGUGUGAUGGAUCUGGACUGGCACCCUCAACAUCCAUGGCUGGUGAGUGCUGGUGGCGAUGGCACAUGCCGACUAUGGGUAUCGUGA